CUGCUCUGCGGCGCCGUCCCUUCCUGCGCCCAGGCCUCCGCCUUUGAGCAGUUCCCCCGGCAACGUCUCCGAGCCGUUCCCCCGGCAACGCUCGGCGGGCGCAGUCCCGGCCGCCAUGGACUCGCUGUCGGGCGCUGGGCCUCGCCGGGCUCGCGGCCGCUUGGGCGAGGCGUCCCCUGGAGCGCGGGCUGCGGCGGCGCCCUGGGCGCGCUUCUCGGCCUGGCUGGAGUGCGUGUGUGUGGUCACCUUCGACCUGGAGCUAGGCCAGGCGCUGGAGAAAAGCAGCAUCUGCUACCUGUCUUUUCCCGACUCCCACUCAGGCUGCCUCGGAGACACUCAGUUCAGCUUCCGCAUCCGGCAGUGUGGUGGGCAGAGGAGCCCCUGGCAUGCGGAAGACAGACACUACAACAGUGGGGCUCCCGUGUCCUUGCAAAGGGAGCCGGCACACUACUUUGGUUACGUGUACUUCAGGCAGGUGAAGGACAGCUCCGUGAAGAGGGGCUACUUCCAGAAGUCUCUGGUGCUGGUAUCCCGCCUGCCCUUCGUCCGGCUGUUCCAGGCGCUGCUGGGCCUCAUUGCCCCUGAGUACUUCGACAGGCUGGCACCGUGCCUGGAAGCGGUGUGCGGUGAGAUUGACCAGUGGCCCGCCCCCACGCCUGGGCAGACCCUGAAGCUGCCUGUCAUGGGAGUAGUCCUCCAGGUUCGCAUCCCGUCCAGGGUGGACAAGCCAGAAUACAGUCCUCCGAAGCAGUGCAGCCAUGAGAGUCUGCUGCCCACCCCAGUGGUCCUUGCCAGUGUCCACGAACUGGACCUGUUCAGGUGUUUCCAGCCAGUGCUGACCCACGUGCAGACUCUGUGGGAGCUCAUGCUCCUGGGGGAGCCCCUGCUGGUCCUGGCGCCCUCCCCCGCCAUGGCCUCCGACCUGGUGCUGGCUCUGAUCAGCUGCCUGCAGCCCCUCAAGUUCUGCUGUGACUACCGCCCCUAUUUCACCAUCCAUGACAGCGAGUUCAAGGAGUUCACCACACGCACGCAGGCCCCACCAAACGUGGUCCUGGGAGUCACAAACCCUUUCUUUAUCAAAACACUCCAGCACUGGCCCCACAUCCUCCGUGUUGGAGAGCUCAAGAUGUCAGGGGAUCUUCCUAAGCAGGUCAAGCUGAAAAAGCCCUCUAGGCUGAAGACCCUGGACACCAAGCCAGGCCUCUACACGGCUUACUCCGCCCACCUCCACCGAGACAAGGCGCUGCUGAAGCGGCUGCUCAAGGGCCUGCAGAAGAAGAGGCCGUGGGACACACAGACGGCAUCGCUGAGGCGGCACCUCCUGGAGCUCACCCACAGCUUCAUCAUCCCCCUGGAGCACUACAUGGCCAGCCUCAUGCCCCUGAAGAAGAGCAUCACACCUUGGAAGACUCCUCCCCAGAUCCGCCCCUUCCGCCAGGAUGACUUCCUGCGCAGCCUGGAGCACGCAGGGCCCCAGCUCACCUGCAUUCUCAAGGGCGACUGGCUGGGCCUGUACAGGCGGUUUUUCAAGUCCCCCCACUUUGAUGGCUGGUACCGGCAGCGGCACAGAGAGAUGGCCCAUAAGCUGGAGGCCUUGCACCUUGAAGCUAUCUGUGAGGCGCAGAACAUUGAGACCUGGAUGAAGGACAAGUCUGAAGUGGAGGUCGUGGACCUAGUCCUGAAGCUUCGGGAGAAGCUGGUGCAGGCACAAGGCCACCAGCUCCCGGUGAAGGAGGCGACGCUUCAGCGGGCACAGCUGUACAUCGAGACAGCCAUCGGCUCUUUGCCCAAGGACCUGCAGGCUGUCCUGUGCCCCCCCUAGGACAGAGCCAAAGGGCAAGGUCCAGGGAUCUGGGUCUGGCCCAGCUUUCUUAUCCUCAGUGAGAGGUGGUCCCAACCAAGCGCGAGCUCCCUGCUGCUGCUCCCCAGCCUUGGCCUCCUGUCAGCACCACAGUUGUUCCAGCAGUAAAGGUGGCAUUUGGAACCACA